CGCACCCCGUGACCGCUGCCCCGUCUCGUCCCGCAGGACCUGCCCGGACGGGACCACGCCGCCGCCGCCGCCUCCGGGAACAGCGCUUCGGGGCCGGCCUGAACCGAGCCGCGCGGGGCCGCCGCUGCCGCGGGCGGGGGAUGGGGCUGUCCGCCUGGCGCGCGGAACCCGCAGGGGGAGCGCGGAGCCGGCGCGCAGCCUGAGAGCCCGGCGCAGCCUGCGCCCCGCCGCUCCGUGCGCUCCCGCCGCCACCCGCGCCUCGAUGGCGCCAUCGCCCCGCCGCUGACCGGCCCGCGUCGCUCGCCCAGCCAGCCCGCGCGGCCGCCCUCGGAGUUCCGCCAGCCGCUGGGGCAGCGGCCUGCAGCCCGCGUCCGCCCGCGCCCUCCCGCCCGGCCCCGCCAUGGCGCUGCGCCGCCUCCUGCUACCGCCUCUGCUGCUGUCGUUGCUGCUGUCGCUCUCGUCCCUGCACCUGCCGCCCGGCGCAGACGCCGCCCGCGGCCGCGCGGCUAACCGGACCCUAGGCGCGGGAGCCGUCGGAGGUCGGCGUUCCGGAGGCGCCCUAGCCCGCGGCGGCCGCGAGCUCAACAGCACCGCCCGGGCGUCCGGCGUCCCGGAGGCGGGCAGCCGGCGGGGACAGUCCGCGGCGGCGGCGGCGGCGGCCAGCGCGACCGUCACUUACGAGACGUGCUGGGGCUACUACGACGUGAGCGGCCAGUACGACAAGGAGUUCGAAUGCAACAACAGCGAGAGCGGCUACCUGUACUGCUGCGGAACCUGCUACUAUCGCUUCUGCUGCAAGAAGCGCCACGAGAAGCUGGACCAGCGCCAGUGUACCAACUACCAAAGCCCAGUAUGGGUGCAGACGCCCAGCACCAAGGUGGUGUCGCCGGGGCCCGAGAACAAGUACGACCCGGAGAAGGACAAGACCAACUUCACCGUCUACAUUACCUGCGGGGUGAUCGCCUUCGUCAUCGUAGCGGGCGUCUUCGCCAAGGUCUCCUAUGACAAGGCCCACCGCCCACCUAGAGAGAUGAACAUCCACAGGGCUCUGGCUGACAUACUGAGACAACAGGGACCAAUCCCCAUAGCACACUGUGAAAGAGAAACCAUCUCGGCCAUCGAUACCUCUCCCAAAGAGAACACGCCGGUCCGAUCAACCUCGAAAAACCACUACACUCCUGUGCGCACGGCUAAGCAGACUCCAGGGCAUUAUGGGAAGGAUGCUUACCGAAGUGGAGGACCAGAUCUCCAUAACUUCAUCUCAUCUGGAUUUGUCACAUUAGGAAGAGGACAUACGAAGGGUGAUCGUCAGUAUAACCAUCCGAUCUUAAGCAGCGCUACCCAGACCCCAACACACGAGAAGCCACGGAUGAAUAACAUCUUGACAUCGGCCACCGAACCCUAUGACCUCUCCUUCUCACGCUCUUUCCAGAACUUAGCUCACUUGCCUCCAUCAUACGAGUCUGCAGUGAAGACCAAUCCAAGCAAGUACUCAUCUCUGAAGAGGCUGACUGACAAGGAAGCUGAUGAGUAUUACAUGAGGCGGAGGCACCUGCCAGACCUAGCAGCCCGUGGCACCCUUCCCCUCAACGUCAUCCAGAUGUCUCAACAGAAGCCUAUGCCUCGAGAAAGGCCACGCAGGCCCAUCAGGGCCAUGUCCCAGGACAGGGUCCUGUCUCCACAGCGGGGCUUGCCUGAUGAAUUUGGCAUGCCCUAUGACCGAAUCUUAUCUGAUGAACAGCUACUGUCCACAGAGCGCCUGCACUCCCAGGACCCGUUGCUCUCCCCAGAGCGGACGGCCUUCCCGGAGCAAUCGCUGUCGCGGGCCAUCUCGCACACGGACGUCUUUGUGUCCACACCAGUGCUGGACCGCUACCGUAUGACCAAGAUGCACUCCCAUCCCAGUGCCUCCAAUAACUCCUAUGCCACCCUGGGCCAGAGCCAGACAGCAGCCAAGCGCCAUGCCUUUGCCUCCCGCAGACACAACACGGUGGAGCAGCUGCACUAUAUCCCAGGCCAUCACACCUGCUACACAGCCAGCAAGACCGAAGUGACCGUGUGACCUGCAGCGUGGUGGCCGGGCUGCUUGGCAGAGAGAGGGCAGGGCAGAGCAGAGCAGGGCAGGGAUGGGGAGCAUAACAUCCAGCCUUGCUCUCCUCUCCUCCCUGGUUCCCCCCAUUGGAGCUGGAGGUGGGCUGCCUUUGUCCAGAAAGCCAUACCGCCAGGGACGUGGCACCAAAUGCCUGGUCCAACAAGCACAGACCCAGGCUCUAGAGCUCUUUCUCUCCCGGUAGAAUCCUUCCCAUGCAAAUGAGAAGAGUGGUGAGGCCCCAAUCUUCCCUACCACCUACGCCACUCCCUCAGUCCCCGCCCCCACCCCUUCCU